UGCAGGGCCCGAGGGACCGUCCAUGCCCCGCUUGGACCAUGAUAUGUGGCCCGAGGGGCAGGCAGUCCCCGGCUCGGACAAGGCUCCUUUGAAGUUUGGACCGGACCAGGGCCGGCCCGGUCCACCGUUUCGAUACUUGCUCCUGACUGAUUGGUAAAUUGGACCAAGAGUUGAAGAAGCCACAGCUGCUCAUCUUCUAACAGGCUUUGCUUGGUUAUCUUCAUAGUCACCAACAAAUCUCAUCUUUCGAUCUUUGCACUGUAUUGUUCAUUAUCUGAUUCUUCGUCAUCAUCAUUUUUAUAAGACCAUCAACAUUGAAGCUUCUGUGAGCAAAACAAGAACCAAGAAUGCCUUGCCUUGUGUGUGGCAGCAGUGAUACCACUUACAUGAACCUUCACCACACGUUUUUCUAUCCUCCCCAGAUAUCCAGCCCUGGCGCCGGAAGCUUAUGCAGCAGCUGCAAAGAUGGGUCAAAGAAGUUGAUGGACUUCCUCCAAGAGCUUGAUAAAAACCCAGAAAAACCACCUCUUGUUACUUUCCGGCCUAAGGGGCUUUCCUCUGCUUUGUGUUGGUUGAAGGUACUCAAGGAAAAAGGGGAUCUUUCUAAUGAAAGACUUGGGUUUUUGGAGGAAAUAAGUUUUGCUUUUGAAAAUAGGAUUCACACCGAUAUUUCAUUGAAGCCUGACGAUGGACCUGCUAUAUUUGCACACAAGGCAGUCCUGGCAUCUAGAUCUCCCAUUUUCAAAACUAUCUUGGAAGCUGAUGGAUGUAAAGCACCACCUACAGAGGCUAUCUCUCUACCUGGUAUUAGCUCCCAAGAGUUCAAAUCAUUGUUAAGUUUCCUUUAUAGAGGUACAUUGCCUGAUGAGGAGUUCCGAAAACAUGCACAUGCGCUUUUAGUUGCUUCAGAUAAAUAUGAUAUCCCUUUCCUUAGGAAGAAAUGUGAGCUUCAAAUCCUUGGAAAUCUUGAAUCAUCAAACGUCUUUGAAGUUCUUAAGCUUUCACAAAAUUGCUCGAGUGAAACCCUUAAAAAGAAUGCCUUGGAAGCCAUUGUCAUGCACCAUGAGGAGAUACUCAGCUCGAAGGAAUAUGUUGAGUUCGGUCACUCGAAUCCAGACCUCGUAAUGGAAAUCAGCUGGGCCCUAUCCAAGAAACUUAGCAAUACAACCUAAAGAUGAUGAUAUGGCUAUAUCGACACUCGUUAAGCUUUCCUUGUGUAUAUUGCUUUCAUGGUCAUGGCUGGUCUCAUUUUUAUGUACAUAUUUCUCAUGGCCUUUGCAACAUUUAGUUAGUAGCAAAUGCAUGUUCAGUCACUAACAUGAGACAAACAUGGAAGGAGGUUGCAUAUUAAUUUUUUGCAUCUUUGAAGUUCAUGGGAGGUUAUCUUUGUAUUACAUGAGCAAGAGGAUCCCAAGUAAUUAUGGCGUCCAUUUUUGUAUAUCUGCGAGUUAUUUGUUGAUUGAAACAGCUGAAGUGAGUGGACAAAGAGAGAAAGGGAAAUACUUAAUCCCAUGCUUGUUU